AUGGAGAUGCUGGGUAAACGGUUGGCUCGAGGACGACAGGCUGGCGAUGUCCUCUUCCUACGCGGAGAUUUAGGCUGUGGGAAGACGUGUUUGGCUAGAGGAUUUGUGAGGGCACAUACACAGCAAAAGGAGCUGGCGGUGAUGUCGCCGACGUAUUUGCUGGUAAAUACGUACGAUGAAGCAGUUGAUUUGCCGAUGGUGUACCACAUCGAUCUCUAUCGGUUGGAGGCCGUGACGAAGCAGGAUGUAACUGCUUUGGGGUUGCUUGAAGCAUUCGAACGAGAGAUUACGCUGGUGGAAUGGCCCGAGCGCUUGGAUAAAGCGAGUGUUCCAGCGGAGAGACUGGAGGUGCAAAUCUCGUACGAUGAAGAAAAUACUGAGAUCCGACGUAUCGAGCUUCGACCGAUUGGUGAACGAUGGACAAAGCUGUUUGCAACAAGCACGUAA